AUGAAACGAACAAAAGUUCUCAUCCGUCAUCGUGUUCGCCGCGUGUCACAGGAGGAGAGACUGCUUGGGCUCCACUCGCCUAACGGACCAUCAAGAGAACCAUCUCAUGGAGCCACAGAUUCAAACGCAGCAUAUCCUGUCGAUCACUGGAUAAGACUCGCAUCGAUUUGUGUUUCUACAGUUCCAUCUGUUGAGGUGCAACCUGGCGUUCCUCCGACAGUAUCCUGGGGUUAUGAUGGAGUGGAGAGCACAGCACGUCCUGUCUAUUUUUCCCAUAAAGCGCGAGUGGCUUAUCGCCACCAGAUGGACGGCAAUAUUAUCGACGCCACCUGCUGA